GAGUGGCAGGAUGGGAGAGAAGGGUAAGAUGAGGAAGGGGGGAGUGCUAGCCCUCCAGCUAUCAGUACCAGUAGGAGGAGAAGAGCAAGUUUAAAGGGGAGGGGGGAGGAAAAACAUGAGAGAGAAGGAGGUAGAGCAGACGCAGGCUGCCUGCUUGGAUUUGAAGGGGAAGGAAGGAAGAGGGGAGAUCCUGGUUGCUCGCUUAGAAAGGAGGGUGGAUGUUUGCAGUUUGAGAAGACCUCAGAAACACUGUGACUAUAGUGUCACUGUUAGGACACUGAAAAGAAAGACACAAACACACAGACAUCCUCUCUGUGCCAUACCCGGUGACUGAGUAAUGAAUGAGCAUCCUUGUAAAGAGAGCUCAAAGCAGAUGUCAUGGCGUCCAACCUACCGAAGCUCCAAGUUUCGAAAUGUCUACGGAAAAGUAGCCAACCGGGAGAGCUGCUUCGACGGUAUCCCCAUCACCAAGAACGUCCAUGACAACCACUUCUGUGCCGUCAACUCCAAGUUCGUGGCAGUCGUCACAGAGAGUGCAGGCGGGGGCUCUUUCAUUGUAAUACCAGUAUCCCAGUCUGGCCGCCUGGACUCUCAUUACCCAAAAGUUUGUGGCCACCAAGGCAAUGUACUGGAUAUCAAGUGGAAUCCCUUCUUUGAAAACAUUGUAGCGUCCUGCUCUGAGGACACCUCGGUGCGAGUAUGGGAGAUCCCAGAGGACGGUCUGAGGCGCAACAUGACGGAGGCAGUGCUGGAGCUGUACGGCCACAGCAGACGGGUGGGUCUGAUAGAGUGGCACCCCACCAGCAGCGGCAUCCUCUUCAGUGCUGGCUACGACUACAAGAUCCUGAUCUGGAACCUGGAGAUCGGAGAGCCGGUGAAAAUGAUCGACUGCCACACUGACGUCAUCCUCAGCAUGUCCUUCAACACAGACGGCAGUCUGCUUGCCACUAGCUGCAAAGACAAGAAGCUGCGUGUCAUUGAGCCGCGCUCCGGGGCAGUCCUUCAGCAAGCUAGUUGUAAGAACCACCGUGUAAACCGAGUGGUGUUCCUGGGCAACAUGAAGCGACUGCUCACCACAGGGGUUUCUCGCUGGAACACCCGGCAGAUCGCUCUCUGGGAUCAGGAGGAUUUGUCCAUGCCAAUUGUGGAGGAGGACAUAGACGGCCUCUCAGGACUGUUGUUUCCCUUCUACGAUGCGGACACACACAUGUUGUACCUGGCAGGCAAGGGGGACGGCAACAUCCGUUACUUUGAGAUUACCACAGAGAAGCCGUACUUACAAUACCUAAUGGAGUUCCGGUCCCCGGCCCCACAGAAAGGACUAGGUGUGAUGCCAAAGCACGGGCUGGAUGUUGGAGCUUGCGAGGUGUACCGCUUCUACAAGCUAGUCACCCUGAAGGGUUUGAUUGAGCCCAUUUCGAUGAUUGUGCCAAGAAGGUCAGACACAUACCAGGAGGACAUCUACCCCAUGACAGCAGGAACAGAACCUGCGCUGUCUGCCAGUGAAUGGCUGAGCGGCAUUAAUAGAGACCCAGUCUUGAUGUCCCUGAAGGACGGUUACCACCGGCCAAACCAGUUAGUGUUCAAGGCCCCAGUGAAGGAAAAGAAGAGUAUGGUAGUGAAUGGGAUCGACUUGCUGGAAAACGUACCACCCAGGACAGAGAACGAGCUCCUGCGGAUGUUCUUCCGGCAGCAGGAUGAAUUGCGGCGGCUGAAGGAGGAGCUGACCACCAAGGACGUGCGAAUACGCCAGCUGGAGCUGGAACUCAACAACCUGAAGAACGUUAGCCCCAACAACGUCUGACCUCUCAGCCUCCUGGACUGGCGAAGCUGCUUCCUUUGCCCCCAAUUCUGACCUCCAACGAGCUUAGGAGCCCUCCCAUCCCUCUUUUUUGAUAUAUCACACUAUAUCAUAACUUCAUUCCUGCUGCCCUGCAUAGUGCACACAAUAAUAUGAUAACUAUUGGAUAAUGUCUUAACUGGUACAAUAACUGGAAUAUUGUAAUAAUGACAAAUAUGAUAAGUAAUGGAGGCAAGGCAGUGUUCAUGGAUUGCCACCUUAACAUGAAAUCGAUGAUUGGGCAGGUUUAAAAUCCAAUCAACUGAGGUAUGAUCUAUGUUUUUACAACUUAACUACACACUCUCAAGUGUUAUUAUCAGUUAUUGCAUAUUGUCUGCCAGACCUCCUGUGUGUUUGUCUCACUGUGCCUAACGUAUCAUUUACGUGGCAAUACCUUGAUCACCAUGCAAAGGAGCCCCUACACUCAUCUUCCUAUAAUGACCAAACCAUCAUCUAGUUCUCAUUUUUUGCUAAGGCAAAACUGGAGGAUAAAAAGACUGUCACUGGCUCCUAUUUUUCUUCCCCAAGGCCUUAGACCCUGCUGCAGACACAGAUUGCAGCGAGCUGCAGCAUCCUCUCAAAAUGGCUGAUGUGAAGUGGUUUUGCAACUGACAACUGACGAGACGAGCUUUUGCAGAUGUGGAUCGUGUUUUUCACAGAGCUGCUUUUCCCGUAACUUCUUUUCUCACCUACAAAUGUUGUUGGCUAUAAAUUUACUUCACAAUACUGACCUAUAGCUACCCAAAUGCAGUCUUUCUUCCCAAGGAGUGUAGGUAGUUCACUCACUUAAAGUAUUUUCAUUCUUUAUUUAGAUAGUGGAAAAGCAGCAGGGGAGACAUGGAUCCAGAGGUGGUGGACUUUCGUAACUAUUCGAAUAUAGUCACAAGGGAAGCUUUGCUGGCUGUUACUGGUUUUUAGGGCUAAUUUUGAGGAUCGGGGGUGAUGUAUAUUUGCUUCUAUUUAUUUGUCACAUUUUACCUUUUUAGCUAAUAACAUGUAUAUUUGUUAAUCCCAUUGUUUUUGUAUGAUGUGGCUGCGCAAGUGAUGAUUGUGAUGCUUGAUAGAUUUUGCUGAUUGUUUCCGGGUGAAAUGGUGCAAGAUUUGUGUGAAACUGUACCUUAAAUGGAAUUAGUUCUUUAACUCCAACAACAUAACCUUAAGAUAAGGUAUAAAAAUAUAUUCUUGCCUAAUCCUAACAGUACAGAAAACUGUAAUAAUAACCAUCCUUUUACAUUUAAACUAAGUAUAUCCCUAUAACUGAGAUGUGUUUAUUUGUAGUUGUGUAAUUUUGCUCUCGAGACUCCAGGUGAUCUGCCUAUCCUUCUCCACUUGCACCAUCAACAGACUUAGGCUAAAUUGCUAUUCAAAUGCCUCUUCUUAACAGUUUUUUUUCCUUCAAUCUGAAAUUUAAUGAAAAGAGGGCACUGGAUAUAACAUUUAAUUUGCUCUAUUAUGCCAGCAAGGUUCAAGCAGUUACCAAAAACAUUCUGCCAUGUGUCUUUUAUCCAGGCCCACAGUCAGCCUUGUCUUGUUACUGAUUCUGCUCUUGUUGAACUAAGAAAAGGAAAAAGAUGAAUCGGCUGCAUGCAUAGCAAGAAUGGAAUUUAUACCUUAUACCCUGAGUAAGUAAAAAGCAAGUUAAGGACUGAAGGUCACAAGUCUUCCCUGAUCACAUCAUAGUGGGGACAUAAAGGGUCCAAAGCUUUAUAGCUUCAGUUAAAACAAUCAGCAAAAAAUAAAAUAUAGGAAUCCUUUAAAUGUAGACUUCAACCACUGACACAUUAAUGGUAAAUGCGUAUGUUUCUUGCAGGAAAAAUAAAAGGCUACAGUGAAAGUAGACAGUGGGAAAAAAGGAUCUACCAGAGAUGGAUCAGCUACAGUGGAGAGACAGGUGAAGUUGCUGCUGGAGUUGUGCUACGUCAGGGCCUUUCAUGUAGGUGUACCAAGGAUUAAAUCAAACACUUAACUGUUCAUUUUUGUAAAGGUAGGCUAACAGGACAGACAGGCUUUUAUGCUUAUAAAUGACUGAAACUCUGUACAAUUGUUGAAUGGCAUUUUGGCUUAAAGUGUUAACAUGGCAGUUCCACCAAAUUUCUUUGGCACUGAACUAGGAAACAAGUAAAACCCAGCUUAAAUUUGCUUAGUUUGGUCUUUGGUAGUACUGUAAGUCUUGUUAAGUAUAGAGUUAACAGUAUGACAUCCUGGAUCAAUUUUCAUGUGGAGAAAAGAAAUGAUGAAAGAAGAAAUGAAUACCUGAUGACGUAAAACUGGAAUAAUGUAUACACGUUACCAUUUGACUUGACUAUGUUGUGCAAGGACCACAAACUGCAAAACAUAUAUAAAAAGGGAUUUAUUGAAGUGAAUGGGAGGGAAAAAGAAACAAUUUGGCUGAUGACAGUGAAUUUAACAGUGAAAAAUCACUGAGGUAGGCCAAUUUGACCAUUACGUAUAAUAGUGAAAAACAAAGUCCAAAUAACUGACCGUUUUCCAGAGUUUACACUGUAAAACAAUAAAUUUUCAAAUGCACAUAA